AUGGCAGUUUCGAUUUCCUCCGUGUCAAUUGUCGUACUGCUUCUGGCCUUUGUCUACAAGGCUAUCAUAUACCCGGCAUUCGUAUCCCCUCUUGCCAAGAUCCCCAAUGCGCAUUGGAGUGCUCCCAUAUCGCCGGCGUGGAUACUCUGGAGGAGGUUCCGCAUGACGAAUAACCGGACCAUCCAAGCUGCACAUGCGCGGCUGGGACCGAUUGUCCGUCUGGGCCCGUCAGAGAUCUCUGUGAACUGCGUGGAGGGUGGCAUCAAGUCGGUUUAUACCGGGGGGUUCGAGAAGCACGAAUGGUAUCCGCGGGUCUUUGGAUCUCUUGACACUGUGAGCAUGUUCACAAUGAUUGGCUCAAAGCCCCAUUCGAUCCGGAAGAGGAUGCUGUCCAAUGUAUACUCCAAGUCUACGCUGCAGUCAUCGCCACACCUGCAAAAGAUCUCUCAUGCGGUGGUCGUCGAACGCCUUCUGCCAAUCAUCCAAUCGGCCGCAUCGACCGAAAAGCCAAUCGACGUCCAUGAUCUCAAUAUGGGCCUGACGAUGGACUUUGUCUCGGCCUACCUCCUAGGUCUGGCCAACGGCACCAAUCACCUCCAAGACGAUGAAUAUCGAAAGCACUGGCUCCAUCUCUACUUCAGCCGCAAACCAUACGAAUUCUACCACCAAGAAGUGCCCAACCUCGCCCCCCGAUUGAAGCGCCUCGGCUGGCGCGUGAUCCCGAAACACUGCGACCAGGCGAACGAGGCCCUAGACGCCUGGGUCCUCAAUCUGUGCGACAAAGCCGCACGCUCACUCGACUCCACCGACCCCUCCAUCGAACCGGUGGUGUACAAGCAACUCAAACACGCACUCGACAAGCAAAGCGCUAAAGAGGGCAGCAAGCCCGCACCACUCCAACAAAAGAACGACAUCGCCUGCGAGAUCUACGACCAGCUAACCGCAGGAUUCGAAACGAGCGCCGUCGGCCUCACAUAUCUCUUCUGGGAACUCUCGCAACACCCGGAGAUCCAGACGCAGCUCCGCGCCGAACUGCGCACCCUGAAACCGCCGCUCACGUCCCCAGGUGCCGAGCUGCCCUCGCCCAAGGCCAUCGACAGCCUUCCGCUCCUCGAAGCUGUUGUGACCGAGACACUGCGCCUGCACGCCCCCAUCCCGGGCAUCCAGCCCCGCGUGACACCAGCCCCCUCGUGCACGCUUGCCGGGUACGAGAAUAUCCCGCCCAACACGCGCGUGAAUGCGCAGGCGUACUCUCUUCAUCGCAAUCCGGCGGUGUAUCCGGAGCCGGAGGCGUGGCGGCCAGAGCGCUGGUUGAAGAGCGAGAACUCGGUCGCCGAGCUUGAGGAGCGGCGGCGGUGGUUCUGGGCUUUUGGGAGCGGGGGCCGCAUUUUCUGCGCUGGGGGGCGAGGUCUGGAGUUCGGCAGUUUGCUAACGGCCGGUGUCAUGCUAGAAUCGAAACUGGUUGUCGCGGCAAUUUAUUCGAAUUUCGAGACUACGAUUGUGGAUGAUACGGACAUCGAAGCGAUCGAUGCUUACACGGUUCAUCCGAGGGGCCAGAGGCUGGUUUUGAAGUUCAAUGCGGUUGCUUGA